AUGAGCCGGCAAUUCAACUGCAAACCAGGAGUCUAUGCCAAGGGAGGCUUCAGCGGCUGCUCGGCUGUGCUCUCUGGGGUUACCAGCAGCAAACUGGGUAGCUCGUCCUCUUACCAGGCAAGAAGCAAAGGGCUUGGGGGAAACUUUGGCAGUCGGAGCCUCUACAGCCUACGGGGGACCCGGAAUAUCUCAUUCAGUGUGGCUGGUGGAAAUGGAUUGAACGGGAGUUAUGGUUUGAGCAGGGGUCGGCCAAGUGGCUUUGCUGGGAGUAUGUUUGGCAGUGUGGCUCUAGGACCGGGGUGCCCAUCGGUGUGCCCACCCGGGGGCAUCCACCAGGUGACUGUCAAUGAGAAUCUCUUGGCUCCACUCAAUGUGGAGCUGGACCCUGAGAUCCAGAGAGUGAGAACCCAGGAACGGGAGCAGAUGAAGGCGCUCAACAACAAGUUUGCCUCUUUCAUCGAUAAGGUGCGGUUCCUAGAACAACAGAACCAGGUGCUGGAGACCAAGUGGAAUUUACUGCAACAGCUGGACCUGAGCAACUGUAAGAACAACCUGGAGCCCAUUUAUGAGGGCCACAUCAGCAACCUGAGGAGGCAGUUGGAGGGCCUGUCAGGGGACAGGGUGAGACUGGACUCUGAGCUGAGGAACUUGCGGGAUGUUGUAGAGGACUUCAAGAAGAGGUAUGAAGAGGAGAUCAACAGGCGAACAGCUACCGAAAAUGAAUUUGUGCUGCUCAAGAAGGAUGUGGAUGCUGCUUAUGCAAAUAAGGUAGAGCUACAAGCCAAGGUAGAAUCCCUGGACCAAGAGAACAAGUACCUGAAAUGUCUGUUUGAAGCGGAGAUUGCUCAGAUACAGUCUCACAUCAGUGACACGUCUGUUAUCCUGUCCAUGGACAAUAACCGAGACCUGAACUUGGAUAGCAUCAUUGAUGAAGUCAGAAGCAAGUAUGAGGAGAUUGCCAUGAAAAGCAAGACUGAUGCUGAGAACUUGUACCAGACCAAGUUCCAGGAACUGCAGUUGGUGGCUGGCCGGCAUGGGAACGACCUCAAACAAACCAAAAACGAGAUUUCAGAACUGAACCGGCUCAUCCAGAGGCUUCGCUCAGAGAUUGAGAACGUGAAGAAGCAGCGCUCCAACCUGGAGAUGGCCAUUGCUGAUGCUGAGCAACAAGGAGACAGUGCCCUGAAAGAUGCCCGGGCCAAACUGGAGGAGCUGGAGGGUGCCGUGCACACUUCCAAGGAGGAGCUGGCCCGCCUGUUGCGGGAAUACCAAGAGCUGAUGAGUAUCAAGCUGGCGCUUGAUGUUGAGAUCGCCACCUACAGGAAGCUAUUGGAAAGUGAAGAGUGCAGAAUGUCUGGAGAAUUCCCAUCCUCUGUCAGCAUCUCUGUCAUCAGCAGUACCAGUGGAGGCAGUGGUUAUGGCUACCGGCCAAGCUCUGUCAGUGGUGGCUACUUGGCUUCCAGUGGGUCUUGUAUGUCUGGAGUCUGCAGCACAAGAGCCAGGGAUGGCAAGAACCAAGGUUCCAGUGUUGGUGACUACAAGGACCCCCUGAGCAAAUCCUCCACCCUGGGCUCUCCCAUCGGGAAAACCAGCCGAUAG